AUGGGUAGAAAAAUUGAGAUUAAGAAAAUUGAAGAUAUAAUAAAGCGUCAAGUCACAUUUUCGAAGCGACGUAGUAGUUUACUAAAGAAGGCGAAAGAGAUUGCAAUUUCCUGUGAUGUGGAUGUGUUGUUGGUCGCGUUCUCCCCUGCUAACCGUCUUAGUAAAUUUUGUAGCCAAAAUAGAAUUGAAGACAUUCUUCAACGCUAUAUUGAGCUUCCGAUUGAGAGGAAAUUGACUUAUAUGGCCGAUGUUCAGGAAAAAGUGGCAAAACUGAGGCAAUUGAACCAUAUCAGGGGAGAUAUUAGCAAGCUAUACUUUCUUGAUAAGCAGUUUGUAUCUCUUUUCUUUCUCACGUCUUUCUUUGAUUAAUUUAUUGUCUCUC